AUGCUUCGGGUCAUUAAUGGGGCUCUUUCGGACUGUGGUAGCUCCAGCAGCUACCAACUUGAGCACGCAGACGGUGAAAGAGCAGAGGAUGCUGACUGUGAUUUGAACGAAGCGGGUCAACUGAAACAGACCAAUGGUCACGUUGCAGUGGGGGAUGGAAAAACAUUUGUUUUGGGAGAAGCUCUGCGGUGUACAUACACCCCUGGGAUCACACCGCAGUCGACUUGCAACGUAAGCCUGGGGGUCGUGCCCUCAGACGUCCCCGUAGGUUUCUAUGCCCUCUGUGGUUGCAGCAGCACUGACUUGGGAGCCAGUGGCCGACCCUGCAGUUCCAAUGAAGACUUCUCAGUGCCCGUAGGCCUCCUACGGAUCACCGGUUUUGAAGCGCCGGCUACGGUUGACUUUGAUCCUGACGUUUCCCCCGCCUCUGCUGCUGUUGCUGGUAGCACCCUCGCGUCAACUGCGGGAAGCAAUUCUACAGCAUCGCAUAAAAAUGUCAAAUUAGGUUCAACAGAAGCAACCAAAGAGGUAGCGCCACCACUGGAAAUUAGGAAAGGGGGUGCAGCAGUUGAAGCUCGAGAGACCAUUGAUGACACAGAACCUCUGCAAAUCCUUCUCUCCAUCGAAGACCAGAAGAAACUGUUGCUACCCAGUUUUUCAUGCAUCGUAGGCCUCCCGUGCGAGCUGCCUAGCAUCAAGGGGGUUGGCUUGGUGUCUACAGAGCACUUUGUUCGGGCAUUUCCUGGGGUGUACCCCAGCUGCCAAGCAGCUUCAGAGACUUCUACUCCUCUACGCCUUCCUUGCAGACCAAUCAGCGCCGGCAGUCGCUGUAUCGUCCACGUCCGUCCUGAAGACAUGAAGGCCAUAAUGCAAUCAAGAGGACAAGAAGCUGCGAAGGGCAGAAAAAAUAAAGGGAGUUCAGGAGUGGGGGAACUAGAAGUUUUACCAGCUACCGCUACACUCUGUGGGUGCCGCGCAGGCCCCACAGCUCUUGAUUGCUUAGGCGCCACUCUCGUAGGCUUGUUACACCUUCAGGCCGGUGAUGGCCAAUAUUCUAGAAAACAGCUUCAGCAGACGCGCCAGCACAAAACGUCCCAGGAACAACAACUUCAGCAGCACCAGCCUCAACAGCAGCAGCUUCAGCAGAAGCAGCGCCCCCCGCCUCCGCCUCAACUGCGUAAGCUUCAGUUCAUCGAGGACAGGGCAGCCAAUCUACCUAAGGAGCCCGAUCCUUCUGAACCUGAGGGCUCUGAGUGUCGUAAGCACGCUGACUGUUUGCGGGGCUAUGGGCGUUGUGUGUCGGGACGUUGCCGUGGAUUCAUUCCGGACUUGAAAGGAGAGAGGCUCAUUCGGUGUGUGGAGGGCUACCACUGUGACGCGGAGAAAGGAGACAUUCCGACAAAGGGAGAGAAAGAGAACUUUAUGGUCAUAGGCAUUGGGCCAGAUGAAGAAUGUGGCGCCUCUGUCAACUUGAAGCCUGACAGCUCGAUCUUUAGCAACGCGAACAAGUGGGUAUGUUCUUCUUCUCCAUCUUCGUCCUGUGAGAUGCGCUUUGGUGUAGCACGCCGGCUGAGUCGCGCCAACACAGUUGAAGGCGUGCGUUUAUGCGGUUGUCCUGGAGUGGACAACAACGGCGAUGAGCUCCCCUGCAACCACAUGCGAGACUUUAGGGUGCCCAUAGGCAGGGUAUCUGUACAAGAAUGCCUGACAAACGCUCACUGCGCUGACAGGCAGCUGGCGUACUGCAUCAAGGACCACUGCGGCGGCUUCCUCGUCUCUGCUGCAGCCGCCAGUGUCAAUGCCUUUGCAUGCGUCCGCAACCAAGACUGUACCCUUGAGAAUGUAGCAGCAAGAGGCGUCACAGAAGCCCUGAAAGUCAUACCCAUUGCGGCCCACCUCAAGUGCGGACCGGAGGCCGCCUUAGACCCAAACUUCCUCCCGGAAAGCGCAAUGCCUUGUGUCGCUGAUGUAGACGGGGACGGAAAGUGCGAUGUACACCUUGGCGUCAACCACUUUUUUGGAACUCAUCGUCUGUGUGGGUGCAGCGGAGGAGACUGCGACGAUCCGUCAGACUUUGGGGUGGAGUUAGGCUUGCUGAAUUCUGUAGAGUGCGUCGUUCACAGCGACUGUCCGAUCCAUGCUUUGUGUGCGAAGGGGGAAUGCGUGUCCGAUGACCUUCCACCUAACCUUGUGGCCUCUGACCCGGCUCCGCACUCUGUAGCUAUUCCUCCGCUCAAGCAGAUUCAGCUACAAUUCAACGAGGAUAUUGUCUUCGGCAGACCUGGAGCCUCUCUCAUCGUGCAGUGCCUAGACCCGGAGAUCAAGUGGGUUAUUACUCUUCCUGAAGGAAUCGAAGAACUCAAAGUCAUCAGAUACUCGCCCCCAAUUUUUCCCAAGGCUCACAGAAGAACUGCUGGAGCAGCAGGAGCAACGACAUCAGCAGGAGCGAGAACAGCAGUUAGCGAAUCCUUUGAGGAGAGUAGCGGCAGCAGUAAGUGGCUACUGGAGAGACAAGGUCAAAUUCUUACGGUGACUCCCGACGAGGAGCUAUCGUCUUUGCCUCAGGGCUCUUACAAGCUAAGCAUAGAGUUUGGGUUUGUGACGGAUUUGACGGGUAAUCCUUCUGAUGCCGUCCCAUUCAUACCCUUCAGGGUGGCUAAGGACGGGGGUUGCCCCCUCCUCUAUGUAACAGGAUUCGGUACGGAAAAUGGCAAUUGCAAUGGACUCUAUACCCCAAUUGACCCACUUAACGGCCAUGCUGGCUGGCGGGGAGCAGAAGGCAACGCUUUCUUUAUUUAUUACAGAAAAGAGACGGAUGAGGAACCAGGAAAUUGGGUAAUAGACACAGAUCUUGAUGAGGGGGCUUUCUUAGCCUUUGCCGACGUUUCCCUUCUUCAAGGAUUCCCACGGGGAGAAAAGGGGGGACCCCAACUGCCCCCUACAGGCCUGUGGCACAAAUGGACGGGUAAGAAAAGAGAAGAACAGCCGUUCGCUGCCUUCGUUUGCAGAGAGAAGCCGGACCACCUCCCGCCCACCCUUAUCGAUGUAAAGCCGGCGCAAGGGGGCCUUCCUGGUUCUGGGGGCUUCCGUGUUCUCAAGCUUAAUAACGAAACAGGGCUGUCGCUGGAGCCGAUAACCCUUGUCUUCAACAAACCCAUUAAUUAUGGCCACUGGGCUUCCCUUCGACUUACGGCAAGAGGAGAGAAAACUCCCGUAGCGGAAUGGGUAACUGAUCAGGAGGCAGGCAUGAGAGGGCCAACGGGCUCUGUCUUGAUCCGGUCACCCCAGCCUUCCUCUAGUAGCACAGAUCACCAAACGAGCGAUCAUAAGUUGGCUUCUGAGAGCUCUCAGGAUGAAGCAGAGCGGGAGGAGGAGCACGGAGUAGUUGAGCUUUCCCUUCAGGCACCUUUAGAGGCAGGAAAAGAGUAUGACUUGACGGCGGACUUGGGAGCCUUCACAGAUUUGUCAUACAACCCUUGGGGGCCCCUUGCAUCACAGACAGUUACAUUUUCUGCUGUUGCCACCCACUGCAGGCUUCUUGUGGGUGCAGCGGCAGCCACAGCGGCGGCUGAAGCAGCCGAACCAGACGGGCCUGAAGCGCAGGCAACAGCAGGUGACGAAACAUCUUACGAGCUGCUCGUUUCCCCCGCUGAGAGUGUCAUAGAAAGUGGGGUUCUCGGGAGAGCUUCCCGUGUUGUUGAGGGUGCUGUUGCCUUUGUGCAUUGUGUGAAAGGCCUGUCUGUUCCCCUAGAUCUCAUAGAGGGAGGCGAUAGCCAAAAUGCAGGAGAGCUCCGUUGCACCAACGGCAGAUGGCAAGGGGCCCUCACGCCUUGCGUGCCGCGCUGUAGGCGUUAUCCUCAGUUGGCUGAUGCUUAUGAUCUCGAAGAGAGCGCUGAAGCUAUCGAAGGCAUCUCGGGGUCUGCGGUUGUUGUCCGAUGCGCAGACGCGGCAGCAGCUUCGGAUGGUAGGCCGCAACAAACUCUCAGGUGUCUGGGGGGCCGUUGGGAGCCUUUGACGCUCAAAUGCUCUGCUCUCUGUCCCCCGCUGGGGCCCUUCCUGGGACCCGGCUAUCUUGUAACCUUGUCACACAACCAAGACGAAGCCAACGAGGACGAAGGAGAAGAUGCAGCAACAGCAGCGGCAGCGGAGGGAGAGGAACGCAUUGUCAGGUGUAUUGAAUCUACAGUGCCCGAGCAGAAGCAAGAGCAGCAGAUAUUGAGAUGCACAGAAGACGGUUGGGCACCAUCUGUGACCCUUAAUUGCAGACGCAGUUGCCGACAGCCGCCGAUAACUCCAGCGGGAGCGGAAUUAAGAGGCGAGGGAGUGCACCAUGGCAGUGUUUGGAUAGCAACCUGCAAGGAAGGCUAUGCGGGCCCAGUGGGAGGGCUUUCUUUGAGUUUUACGUGCGAGGACGGCCAGUGGGUUCGAGAGAACGGAUCUGGAAGUCCACCUUUUGCAUGCAGUCCUCUCUGCCCGCCGCUUAACCUCAACCGUAGGGCGUAUACAGUCACCUCCAUCGAAUCAGCUGCCCCAAGCGACGCUACAGCGGCAGCAGUGAAAAUUGCAUGCGCCGAGGACAGUCUGCUCCUGGGAGGGCCUUCAGAGGAAAUCCUCCGGUGCGAAGGAGGUCUCUGGUCUCUCAGGUCCACCACAUGCGCCGCCGGCUGCCGCAACCCUUUAGAUGACCUUGGCGAGCACUACGUCUUGGUACGGCAGCAGCAGCAGCAGCAGCAGAUUUUCAAACACGGAGAUACAGCAGAGGUUACAUGCAGUGGCGGCCAGCAACACAACCCUCUAGAAACAGCAGCAAUAGCAAUAGAAGCAACAAAACAGUCACAUACCAUCACCUGCGUUGACGGGCGCUGGGAAUCACAACCCGACGCACAGAAGCAUCGUCAGCAGUCACACCACGAUAACUUAGAGGACCCAGUAGAAAAUGCCACUAGCAGCAGUAGUGAUGGAGUAUUGCUGAGAUGUAGCGCCACCUGCAGCCUGCCUCCCCUGCCGGCUCACUUUGCGAUAAUAUUUUCAACAAAGAGAGGGGUCACUCGAAGGCCCCGCAAGUUCCUUUGGCGAGAGGGGGAGAAAAUAUCGGUUGGCUGUUCCCCGCACUUUGACUCAACUCAGCGGCAGCAACAACAACAGCAGCAGCAGCCGCUGCAGCAGUUGGAAUGCCUCGAUGGGACCUGGGCAGGCAACCUUCCAAAGGACAUGUGCGUAAGGCAGUGCCCAGGAGCUUCUGGAAGUCCUUCUGAGGCGCAGUGGAGAGAGUGGGGUGUUCGGUGCGGCGAGUCCUGCAGUAGCAGCUGUGGCAGCUGCUACAACCGGAAAAGAGAUAGAGAUGAAGAGGGCAUCGACUGUGGUGGUCCAUUCUGCGAGCCCUGUAGCAGUUGUAGCCCUCUGCUGCUGAAACAGUUUGUGAUGCAGCCCAGGCUUUUCUCGACAUCACUGAAGAAGCUCCACCAGAAACAGCAACAGCAGCCGGAGGUGUUCCCGGUUGAGAUGACAAGACAUGGAUCAAGCAUUCGGUUUUCAUGCAAUAGCAGCGCCUCGCUGUCUCUCAAGGUGACUUGCGAUAACGGCAGUUGGAUCACAGGUGCAGCAGCAGGGCUAGAAGAGCCUGCAGCAGCUGACGAAGCAGCACGAAUCGCUGCUUUCGCUGCAGCGUGCACGCAGACUCAAGUGAUGGCUGUAGCUACAAACAUCAUCAGCGGAGAAGCAUUGCCUCGGGCGAUCAGCGCAGCACCCGCAGGAGCAGAACGACGUGCCGACGAAGAGCUUCUUCUGUUGGGAUCAGCUGCAAUCCACGGGGAUGCGCCGCCCCUGCAGUGGCGAGAAGCCGAGCUCCUGCUCUUUGGGCCUCCCAUCUUGCGCGCCCCACAGCUAGAAGUCUCGCCAUCUUUCCAGCAGCAGCAGCACCAGCAGCGUCGCCUUAGCCCUUGUAUGCAAGGUCUCGUUGAUGGGGUAUCGCGUCUGCUUGUAGGGGAGUGCGGAGCCCUCGCCUUCGGACGGUCAGCUCUGAAAGUUGCUUCUUUUUGUAAAGGCACAUGCAACGCCAACUUCAAACGGGCGCUGCAGGAAGCAACAGAGUGCAGCAGCAAGACUGCUUCCGCUGCUGCCCCUGGCAAUGCACCUGAUUCAGCUUCUGCAUCUAAUGCCGCAACAUUGCAGGAUGAGGAGUUGUUACAACUGUUCAAGGAUCUGCUUCAGGUCUUUUGUUCUGUUGAAGAUGGAAAGCACUGCUUCAGCCAAGCUGGUGAUACACUCGAGCAACUGCAGCGAUUGCACCAGACAGCCCAUUUACAGCAACAGCUGCGCCAACACAUGUGCCCCGGCAGCAGCGGCAACGCUUGUUUCAACAGUAACAUCCGCUAUGUCUCAUUGCUGCAGCAGCUUAGGGAGCACGUAGACCUCAUGCUGCCAGGCAUGCAGCAAGAGCAGCAGCAGCAAUCUCCCGCGAACGCAGCAGCCGCAGCAGCCGUAGCGGGAGACAGCAAGGAGCUGGAAGAAAGUGUGGUUGGAGCUGGUGUUCGUGGCCUCUUGACGGACCUGCGGCGCUUGCCUGCGGUUAUUUCCCUGCUAUGCACAGAGGUGGACGGGAAAAGCUGUGCUUUCCAAGUGCUUGCAUUGGGAGGAAGUAACCCGUUCGCCGCGUUGCCGGUUCGGGGAGCAGCAGCUGAAUUCUGUAGUAGUGAUCCAACAGCUCCAUGUCUUCUAGAAGUGUACAGGCUUGUCGGGAAGGAGCUCUUACGCCCGCAUCUGCCGAACCACAUAGAGCAGCUCCCACUGCAAAAGGAGCAGCAGUUGCUGCUGCAACAGGUGCAUCCCCAUGACUGGGCCAUCGGCACUGCUAUGCAGAGCAUUGGUAGAAAUUUUUGUCUCCGCAGCGCUGAAGACAAAACGUGUGGAGCGCUGCUGGUGCCGGCAGAGAGCGUAAGUGCAGCACCAGCACUAGGAGCAGUGUAUCCAUAUGAGCCCGCAGCAGCAGCAGACCUUCCCCAGUGCCACUGCCCACUGGCGUUCGUGGGCGACGGCGACUGCGAUAUUACCUGCAACACAGCGGCAUGCGCAUUUGACAAGGGAGACUGUCUGGCGCAGCGGCAGCCUCUACUGCAGCCAAUUGUCGAUACGCUUGAGGAAGAGACUUUCAGCAGAGACAGCCCUUGCUUUCCUUUUUCUAAAGCCUUUCACUGCGUGAAGAAGGAGUGCAGACAGGAAAUGCAGGAACUACAGGCACAGCACGGUUGUUGCAUUGCUCCUCAGCUGGAGUUGCUACGCGAUUUGCUGUACAUAGACCAUCAACAACGAGAGCAGCAGCGGCAUCAGCUCGCAUUACUGCAGCAGCAGAUGCCGGACGCAGUUACACCGCACCUCCUACGGCUUGUUGAAUCUCUUUGGGGGGAAAUGGAAGGGACUUCAGGACCUAUGGAGCUUUAUCGGUCUGUAGCGUUCAUCGAGGCUGACUGCAAGAUGCCCCUAGAUCGCACAUGUUCAAGAGGUCUUAACCGCACGGUGUUCGCCGUCGAUGCGACUCUGGAGGGCCUGAACUACGACGCCCUAAAGGCCAGCAGCGAUGGUAGCAGCAGCGGUGAGGGAGAAGAGGCGCUGCGUCAUGUGCUUAGAGACGUCCUAUCUGGGGCUUUGGGUAUUCCUGUAGGCGAUGUGCUGCUUGUAAGAACCUGGGAAGGACUUGAUGUUCAUGCACUUAUUGACGCUGGCCCCCUCAGCAACAAAGCCCAUUUCCUUCAAGCAGUGGACCGAUUAAGAAAGGACGGACCGACUGGGUUGGCUGCGCUGUUGUCUGCUGAGCUGCAGCGGCAGCAAGCUGCCAUUUUUAGCGCUGCUAUAGGACAGCAGCAGUACCAACAGCAGCUGCAGAAGCAGCAGAGUGCUUUAGGCCCACUGCUGCUACACCCCAUCCCGCUACUACCUGCAGCAGCACUUUCACCCCAUUCUGUUUUUGUCCCUCCCGAUAGUGUCUCAAUUAGUCAAAUAGCUUUUGCGUCUCCAGGUAGCAGCAGCAGCAAUAGUAGUGGCAGUAGCCGACGGCAGCAGCAGCAGUUGCUGCUUCUGCGACCAGAGAAAGGCACGUGGGGGCUAGGUCGUCUUCCUACGCGAGAUGUGUCGUGCAACACAAACGACGGCCUCAGCGCCCCACUAAAUGUCUCUGUCUUCGAGGCAUAUAGGCUCCAUUCAAAUGCGGCAACCAACGAACACGGCAGCAUCAUCACAGUGGAGUGCGGGCGUGGAUACUCUCCUGUUGCUGGCUCAAGCCCUCAAGAGCUCAUAUGUCAACAGGGCCGGUGGAGCCCUUUGGUGCCUGCAGUUGGCAGAAACGGUCCUCAGGGCCUCCACAGAGGCUCCCUUGGCGGCCCUCGUGAGCGCAUACUGCGCUGCAGAAAACCGUGCGGUCCCUACGAAGCGUCAGACCCUGCAGUUCUAGGGCCUGCCUUCAUAGCCAGCGGGGCAGGCGAGGCUGACGGGGAUCGGAGGACUAUCUACUGCGCUUCGGGGUUUGUCGCUGCUGCGGACAUGAUGCCUAAGACUGAAACGGUUGCGUGCAGCAAUGGAGUGUGGGGCAAACGGCAGCUCAAGUGCAUAAAAGACUUCGCAGCCAUUGCUGAGACGAGCCCCUGCGCCAUUGCCCUCUCUCAGCUGCCUCCUACACUCAAGGUUGACAGUCUGCCCACAGCAGCUACAAGCCAUGAAGGUCCUGCUGGGGCAGCCUUUAUCAACAGCGACGUAGCUCAAGCCCUCGCGGCCACCUUUCAAAGGGCUGGGGUGUCACUUCAGCUCUUUAGAGUAGGAUGUGCCAGAGGAUUCGUCUCAACUUCAGUGCAGCGGAAGCAGCAACCGCAGUUGCAGCAGCAGCAGCCGUUUACUUAUGCAGCUUGCAAAGAUGGAAGACUGCUAGAUUUGGGGCCACGCGAGCCUUUGCCUAUGGGGGCAUUUGCCUCAGGAGAGGCAGCGGAGGCCCUGGCUCAGCAGCUGAAGUUGCGCGUGGAUUCGGCUCCAGAAGCGAUAACGUCGGCAGAAGCAGCACAAACAACGGAAGGAGCAGCGGUGCUCUCAGACGAAGACUCCACAAGUGCAGCAGCAGUCGCAUUUGUAGAAUCCAAUGUCGAAGGAGCAAGUUUAGCGGCAACAGGCUCCAAGGGCAGCAACAGCAUGAAGGGCUCUACCCCUAUGCUACUAGGUGCUGCACUGAAGUGCCAAAGAGAGCUGCGACAGGAGCCUCCAAAGCCUCCUAAACCCGUAAGCGAUACACUGCUAGUGUUCAGUUGUCUGUUGCUUCUCUUUGUCUUGGUUGUUGCCCUACUGGCCCUUUGGUGGCUUCGUGCGCGGCGCCGACAGAAAAGGGCAGCAAAACUGCAGCAACAGCAACAGCAGGAUGAAGGAGAUGCUGGACCUACCAGCAGUGACAUCGGGAGGGACUUCCUUUCCCCCGCAGGGGCAGAGGAACCGUCCAUUGGAGACAUGCACAGUGCAGCAGCAGAAACAGACCCAUACAGAGGCCCCCUUCCCCCCCAGCCGCUGCGACACGGCACCAAAACGAAUGCGGCACCUGCCAUUUACGCCACAGGAGCGUAUGAAGGGACACCUCUUCCUUGCUUGCUUGAAGCAGGGCAACAGCAGCAACAGAGACGUCAACAAAGACCUGCUGCAUUCCCGCCUGUUUUUCCCUCUGAAGAAGCAGGAGCAGCUGCUGCUUCUACAGAUGACAACUGCUUAGCCUUCUACGCCCCUGUUUACUACACAGGCCUAACAGGAGACAAGGGGCUCGUAAGGGAGGAAGGAGACAGCAACAGCUUCGUUGCUGCUGUCGAGGAGGAGCCUAAACACUAUGCCUAUCCUGAGCAACAACAGCAGCACCAACGGAAGCUGCUGCAGCAGCACGCUGCGGAUGCAUCUGAUAAAUGUAAGGGUAAUUUUCGGCAAAUGGACAUGCUCCCGCUCAGGGGAAACCGACCUGGAGCAGUGAAUGCAGCUUACACUGCUGCUCCGACUGCAGAGCAGAAGGUCGCCACGAACGUAGUGGCAGCAAGAGCAGCCGCUGCUGCAGGAGUUUCAGGGUGGGAGCCCCAAGGAGUAACUGAAACAGAUUCACUCCCCACAUACUCACAGCGAGAAGCCCUGGCCCCUCAGCAGCAGCAGCAGCUGCAGCAUACAGUCUCUCGCAGAGGCAAAUCCCUGGAAGAAAUAGCUCAUGCUGUUUUCGGCGAAAGCAGCAUCCCUUCUGCAGGCAUCCCCCUAUCAGAGGAGGAUGAACUCUACCCUGAGGAUUCUGCUAGCUGCAUGGUGAUGGCAGCAAGUCAACGGCGGGAAUCUGCAGUGGCGGCAGCUGUCGCACCAGCCAGUGGGUCUCCACGAUGGUCAAAGCAAAGGGGCCGACUUACUAGGCAGCAUUCCGCCUCUCACGGGCAUGGCAGAAACAGAGGCCUACGAAGUUUCCCUCAAGGCGACAUGGCCCCGGGAAGACAUAUCCACGCCUAG